UAUAGUUGCAGAGAGAAUUAUGGAAGCAUAUGAGAACCAUCUCGGCCCUCCAGGUCACAUAGUGUCCUUCCCUGCAAGAUUCCUUCUACACUGCCUUCAGGUCAGCCAUUCAGCAGGUGACCAGAUGGCUGGAAUCCCUUCACACAUCCUCAACAGUUCCCCAUCAGACCGGCAGAUUAACCAGUUGGCUCAGAAGCUAGGCCCGGAGUGGGAGCCUGUGGUGCUGUCUCUGGGCCUGUCCCAGACUGACAUCUACCGCUGUAAGGCCAACCAUCCCCACAACAUGCAGUCUCAGGUGGUAGAAGCCUUCGUCUGCUGGCGGCAGCGCUAUGGGAAGCAAGCCACCUUCCUGAGCUUGCACAAGGGCCUCCAGGCUGUGGAGGCCGACCCCUCACUGCUCCAGCACAUGCUUAAGUGAACCUCCCCCUGCCCUGGUGGGGCAUGGGUCCCCAGUGGUCCUCCCUCUGCCCUGCUGGGGCAUAGGUUUCCAGUGAUCCUCCCUCUGCCCUACUGGGGCAUGGGUCCCCAGUGAUCCUCCCUCUGCCCUGCUGGGGCAUGGGUCCCCAGUGAUCCUCCCUCUGCCCUGCUGGGGCAUGGGUCCCCAGUGAUCUUCCCUCUGCCCUGCUGGGGCAUGGGUUCCCAGUGAUCUUCCCUCUGCCCUGCUGGGGCAUGGAUUCCCGGUGAUCCUUCCUCUGCCCUGCUGGGGCAUGGGUUCCCAGUGGUCCUCCCUCUGCCCUGCUGGGGCAUGGGUUCCCAGUGAUCCUCCCUCUGCCUUGCUGGGGCAUGGGUUCCCGGUGAUCCUCCCUCUGCCCUGCUGGGGAAUGGGUCCCUGGUGAUCCUCCCUCUGCCCUGCUGGUGCAUGGGUCCCCACUGAUCUUCCCCCUGCCCUGCUGGGGCAUAGGUUCCCAGUGAUCCUCCCUCUGCCCUGUUGGGGCAUGGGUUCCCAGUGAUCUUCCCUCUGCCCUGCUGGGGCAUGGGUCCCCAGUGAUCUUCCCCCUGCCCUGCUGGGGCAUGGGUCCCCAAGUCCCACAGGCUGAACCCCUACUUCCACUCAGUACAUGGCUUUUUGUUCUGUUUCUGUUUUUUGAUUUGUAAUGAUCCUCAGACAGAAUGAAAACACCUGGUUUGUACUUGAGACGACACAGUAGAUCUCUCAUACUGGUUCAACAAUUCAUUGGCUUUAAUUGCUUGAGGAUUGCAUUGUUAUAACUGAAGUUUUAAACUGAGUGGUUGCCUUUUAACAGGGUAAAUCACAGAGGUUCAGAAAAAAAAAUACCAUGUUACUACAUUGCAUGCAAGUGUUCUAUAUAUAAAAGAUCCCCUCUUAUGUUGCCUGGAAACUGAACUGUGGACUUUGCUCUUCAGAGGAUGGCGACGAUAAUAAAAUGUGAAUUGCUGUA